AUGGCUCAAAUGAAGAAGGAUGAUAUUGAAGGCUUAGGGCCUGUCUCAACACACUCGCAAAAUGGCCAGAUUCUUGAGGACCCAAAGGCAUCCUAUGAUGCUGUCUUCGGCGAGAUUAAAGAAGGCGGCCCCAACUACCGUAAUGUUGGCUGGAAGGGGACUGUGGCUCUCAUGAUGAAGACCCAGAUUGGCCUGGGUGUUUUGUCCAUUCCUGGAGUCUUUGAUGUCCUGGGCAUUGUGCCAGGCGUGAUUGCUCUGAUUUGCAUUGCCGCUAUCACGACGUGGUCCGACUACAUCGUCGGCGUUUUCAAGCUUCGCCAUCCCGAGGUUUAUGGUAUCGACGAUGUCGGACGCCUACUCUUUGGCCGCGUUGGCCGUGAGUUCUUUGGAGUCGUGUUCUGUCUCUACUGGAUCUUCGUCGCUGGCUCUGGUAUGCUUGGUGCCUCAAUCGCCCUCAACUCGGUUUCCAUGCACGGUGCAUGCACCAGUGUCUUUGUUGCUGUGGCUGCAUUAAUCGGGUUUGGCUUCGGAAGCAUUCAGACGUUGGGAAAGAUCACUUGGUUCGCAUGGAUUGGUCUUAUAUGUAUCAUGUCUUCAAUCUUUGCCGUCACUAUUGCCGUAGGAGUCCAGGAUCGACCGGCUGCCGCUCCUCAAGAGGGUCACUGGGUUUCUGACUACAAAGUCAUUGGAAACCCAAGCUUCUCGCAGGCUUCGUCGGCGCUAUCUACCUUGGUUUUCGCCUUUGCUGGCACACCGGCCUUUUUUUCUAUCGUAUCCGAAAUGCGAGACCCUCGCCAUUACACUCGCGCUCUCAUCAUUUGCCAAAGUGGUGUAACCGCUACCUAUAUCGCCAUCGGAUGCAUUGUUUACUACUUUUGCGGCUCUUACGUUGCCUCGCCUGCUCUGGGCUCGGCUGGUGCGACCAUGAAGAGAGUUUGCUAUGGUCUUGCUUUCCCCGGCUUAAUUGUGACGACGACUCUCGUUAUCCAUCUUCCCGCCAAGUACAUCUUUAUCCGUCUGCUGCGUGGAUCCCGUCAUUUGACCGAGAACACGAUGAAGCACUGGGGAACUUGGCUUGGAUGCACCUUCAGCAUCGCUGUGAUCGCGUACAUCAUUGCCAGUUCUAUCCCUGUUUUCGAUGGUCUCGUGUCACUUGUCGGUGCGCUCUUUGGCACCCUUCUUUCCUUCCAACCAAUGGGCUGCAUGUGGCUUUAUGAUCACUGGACUGAGGGCAAGCUCCAGAAGCGGCCGAUGUGGAUUGCCAUGGUCUGCUUCAGCGUCUUCGUUGUCAUUAGUGGCUCCUUUCUGAUGAUAGCAGGAGCCUACGGUUCGAUUAUUGGGAUAUUGGAAAGCUACAAGGUGUCCGGAGGUUCUGCGGCAUUUUCUUGUGCAGACAACUCCAACUCUGUUUAG